GAAUGAUCACAUGGAACUUGUCCGGUUCAUUCUGUCCCAGGGCAGCCUCCUGGCUGACUCAGAAACUCUGCCUGUGUAAACAGCGGUGUCCGGCCCCAGGACGGAGGCUCCUCCUGUCUGCCUAGCUGUCUGUACUUGCUGGGGUGCUCAGAUCGUCAGCGUGCUGGGACCUCAAGCUGGACAGGAGUGGGUAGGACCCCAAUCUAUAGCCCAAUCAAAAUCAGCCAAGCUGUGUCUGGAGAGGAGUAACUGUCAGGCCUGCUCUGACAAACGUGGGACCACAGCCCACUCCUGGGCAGCAUUGGCAGCUCCCUGGAAAAUUUCCAAACCACUCAUCCCACGUUCCCAUUCCUGGACAGUGGUUCGAGGUUGGAUUCUCAGCUGGGGGCCUCCUGUGCUUUUCCAGAGCUGACUGGGCGCUCUCUCCUCCCUGCCUCUGCCCCCAGAGGAGAAGCCGGCCGUGCCCCGUGAGGCAUGAUCAGGAAAGCAGCGGCCAUCCGUAUGUGCCUGGUGGGGCCCCUAUGGGGAAAGAAGGCUGGACCCUCGCCCUCCCGGUCCUUGCACCAGACUCUCACCAUGGCCAAGCAGCUGCAGGCACGGAGGCUGAACGGCAUAGACCACAACCCCUGGGUGGAGUUAGGCCAACUGUCCAGCGAGUAUGACGUCAUCAACUUGGGCCAGGGCUUCCCCGACUUUGCGCCCCCGGACUUCGCCAUGGAAGCCUUUCGGCGUGCGGUCAGCGGAGACUUCAUGCUCAACCAGUACACCAGGGCAUUCGGCUACGUCCCGCUGGUGCAGAUCCUGGCAAGCUUCUUCGGGAAGCUGCUGGGACAGGAGAUGGACCCGCUCAAGAACGUGCUGGUGACCGUGGGUGCCUACGGGGCCCUGUUCACGGCCUUCCAGGCCCUGGUUGACGAAGGAGAUGAGGUCAUCCUCAUUGAACCCUUUUUUGACUGUUAUGAGCCCAUGACAUUGAUGGCGGGGGGCCGCCCUGUGUUUGUGCCCCUGAAGCUGAGUCCCACCAAGGACGGGGAGCUGGAGUCUAGCAGCAGCUGGCAGCUGGACCCCACCGAGCUGGCCAGCAAAUUCACAUCUCGUACCAAAGCCCUGGUCCUCAACACCCCCAACAACCCCCUGGGAAAGGUGUUCUCCAAGGCAGAGCUGGAGCUGAUAGCCGGCCUGUGCCAGAAGCACGACGUGCUGUGCAUCUCCGACGAGGUCUACCAGUGGCUGGUCUACGACGGGCACCGGCACAUCAGCAUCGCCAGCCUCCCGGGCAUGUGGGAGCGGACCCUGACCAUCGGCAGCGCUGGCAAGACCUUUAGUGUCACUGGCUGGAAGGUGGGCUGGGUCCUGGGUCCGGAUAGCAUCAUGAAGCACUUGCGGACGGUGCACCAGAACUCCAUCUUCCACUGCGCCACGCAGGGCCAGGCUGCGGUGGCCCAGAGCUUUGAGCGGGAGCAGCAGAACUUCGGCCAGCCCAGCAGCUACUUCAUGCAGUUCCCGCAGGCCGUGCAGCACCGCCGGGACCACAUGAUUCGCAGCCUGCAGUCGGUGGGCCUGAAGCCCACGGUCCCGCAGGGCAGCUACUUCCUCAUCACAGACAUCUCAGACUUCAAGAGCAAGAUGCCUUUGCCUGGUCCUGCGGAUGAACCGUAUGACGUGCGCUUCGUCAGGUGGAUGAGCAAGAACAAGGGCUUGGUGGCUGUCCCCGUCUCCUUCUUCUACAGCGUGCCUCAUCGGAAGCACUUCGACCACUACCUCCGCUUCUGCUUUGUGAAGGAUGAAUCCACACUCCGGGCCAUGGAUGAGAGGCUGCAGAAGUGGAAAGCUGAGCUCGGGCCCUGACGUCCCCCGGCGGCCUUGCCCCACCUGGUUCCUGCACUCUUCAGGGCUCUUUGUCCAGUUUUCAUCCAUUCCCAGGUCGGGGGAAGAUGCUUCCAGGGAACCUCUCCUCUGUGACAGAAUGUUCCAGGGAAGAGCUCCCUAUGUGGGUCAGGGGGAGUCAAGAGUCCACUCCCCACAUGCCCACACCCCUGUGGAGGUGAGGAGGCCUGCCCUGGGCCUCCCCCUGCCCUUCCUAGUCUGGGUCACAGAGUCCCUCAGAGUGUGGGGCCGUAAGUUCCAACCCUGGCCCCGCCCUACCCUGGUCCCCACUAAGGCUCGGGUGUAACCUCAGCCUUCCCUCCCCUGCUCGACCUUGAGACGUUGCCUUUAGGCCCGAGUUCUCAAGCCAGUAAUUUUGCCUGUAAUAAAGUCCCAGAUUAUUUAAACUUUG